UGACGAUCUUUGUGCCAUGCGGUGGGUGUUGGUGCCUGUCAUCUUGGCACAUUUCCCUUUGAAUUGCGCAAUAGGGUUGGGUGGAAUUAUGGGUUUGUAAUGUCCGAUUUCGUGCGUUAUUGUCCCUUUUUUUCGUCUGACUGUUUUGUAAUGUGCAGCUUGGGGUCUUGUUGAGGUUGAGGUGGAGAGUGAGAUGGGUAUAAGUAUGGGACGGUGCUGGUGUUGAACUAUUUUUCAUCAUCAUCAAACAGUUUUCAAACAUCGAGUGUCUUCUACUUGUUUAUCUUUUUGAGAUUAUCUCUUAAGGAAUUCGAUUUCCAGAUUUGAAGAACCACAACUAGUAUCAACGAUCCAUUAGCGUCACAUACACACAUUGUACCCCCGCGACAACAACCAUGUCGGCCCUGAUCCGCGACGCGCCUAUCGGGCAAAUCAUCAGAUACGCUACCAACAACCGCGUCCUACAAUACCCAGAAGAGCGAGCAGACUUCAAGCUCCCAGCCGUCUAUGCUCGUCUCCACCCCAAACUCGAACCCAUAUCAGAGUCUGAAGAAGAGGAAGAGUCCUCCGAUGAGUCUGGAAGAGAAGAAGCUGUCAACCUAUCAGAGAAGCAAUCAGAUUCCGACGAGCCGUCCGACGACUCGGAGACAAACCUCGCCAAAACACACACUGCGCGAACUGUAGAUACAGUACGAUCCCAGGCCUCGCAUGUGGGUGCUACGACCGCGCUCCAGCGGUCAGUGUCGAGGGCGGAUCUCGAGCAGCAGUACACAGCCGCGACGAUCGAGAAGGGGCCAUCUCGACCCAUCGAGCCAGAAACACUGGACGAUGGAACCAUACUCGUCGACUGGUACUCCACUGACGACGAGGACAAUCCUCAGAACUGGAGUUUCGGGAAGAAGGCGGUAGUCCUCACCCAGAUCCUCUUAUACACCAUGUCCGUCUACAUGGGCUCUGCCAUCUACGCUCCCAGCGCGAGCGGCGUCAUGAAGGAGUUCGGUGUGUCGCUGAGCGUGGCAUCGCUUCCUCUCUCCAUGUACGUAGCAGCCUACGGCAUCGGCCCGCUGCUGUUCUCGCCGCUGUCUGAGAUCCCGGUCAUUGGAAGGAACCUGCCGUACAUCAUCUCGUACGCCAUCUUUGUGAUCCUGCUCGUGCCGACGGCACUGGUCGACAACUUCGCUGGGCUCGUCGUGCUGCGUUUCCUCCAAGGCUUCUUCGGCAGCCCCUGUCUGGCCACUGGAGGCGCCUCCCUCCAGGACAUCUACAGCCUCGUGAAGCUCCCCUACGCGCUCUCCAUGUGGGCCUUCGCCGCGACCUGCGGCCCAGCUCUAGGACCCAUCAUCUCCGGCUUCAGCGUCGAAGCCAAGAACUGGCGCUGGUCACUCUGGGAGAUGCUCUGGCUCAACGGCCCCAUCUUCCUCGUCCUCUUCUUCUUCCUCCCUGAAACCUCCUCCGCGACCAUUCUCCUCCGCCGCGCCCAACGCCUCCGCAAGCUCACCGGCUCCACCCACCUAAAAUCCCAAUCCGAGAUCUCGCAAGCGUCCCUCACCGCCCGUGACAUCACCAUCGAAGCCCUCUGGCGGCCCUUCCAACUCGUCCUCCUCGACCCCGCCAUCGCCUUCACAGCAAUCUACACGGCCCUCAUCUACGGCAUCUUCUACUCCUUCUUCGAGGCCUUCCCCCUCGUCUACAUCGCCACCUACGGCUUCAACCUCGGCGAAAUGGGCCUCACCUUCCUCUCCGUCACCGUCGGCGUCGUCCUCUCGCUUGUCUGGUACUGGUGGUACAUCCGGUACCGCGUCGAGCCCUCCAUCCUAACCAACGGCCUCGGCGCGCCCGAACGCCGCCUCAUACCCGCGCUCUUCGUAACCUUCCUCGUGCCCGCGGGCCUCCUCAUCUUCGCCUGGACCGCCCGCUCCGACGUCCACUGGAUCGCCUCCUGCAUCGGCAUCGUCGUGACCACCAUCGGCAUCUUCCUCAUCAUCCAGUGCAUCUUCCUCUACCUGCCGAUGGUGUAUCCGCAGUACGCGGCGAGCCUGUUCGCGGGGAACGAUUUCUGCAGGUCCGCGCUCGCGGCGGGGAGUAUUCAUUUCUCGUAUCCGUUGUUUCAUGAUUUGGGCGUCGACAAGGGGGUUACGUUGUUGGCUGGAUUGACGGUCGGGUGUAGUGUGGGCGUUUAUGUGUUGUUUUUCUUUGGGGCGCAGUUGAGGGCUAGGAGUCGGUUUGCUGCGAAGUGAGGGGGUGUGGGGAUGCGUAUGAAUAUGGUAUGGUGAUGGGUUUGAGUUUCUGCAUGGCGUUUUUGGUUGGAGUUUUGGGUUUGAUUUUACAUGGUGGUGUUACGAUAUGGCGAGAUGACGAUGAAGAGUAAUACCCAAGACGAACGAACACUACACCACAGAACUAGAUAAAGACUAAUACGGAGCGCAAUUAAUAAUGGAC